AUGUGCUUUCUGAGCAAGCACCCAGCUAUUGGGGUGGUAUGUUCCGCUUUCCUGCUCAGCGUGCUCAUUGCUGAAGGACAGCUUGGGGAAGAGCACGGGCAGGAUGGCAGCUCUGCUCCCAGCCGAAGCUAUCUGAUGGAAGUUUUACGCCUUCUUUCAGCUGACAACCCUGAGCUCCACACAAACCACCCACGAGAACUGGUCAGAAUGGUGCUGGAGAGAGCUGAAUGCCCACAGCGGAUUUAUGGCAUGCAAGAGGAUUGUAAUCUGUGUCUUGAACCAGAUGCUAUGUUACUAAUAGCUGGUGGAGGUUUAGAAGAUCAUCUCAGUGAAGAAGUAUUUGAGAGAAUUUCUCUUGUUCUCCUUUACUACAUUCUCCAUCAUAGAGAUGUGUGUUCUUCAAAACUCAACUUGAGUAAUAAGGAUUAUAAGUUUUAUCUAAAGAGUAUGCUCAAUUUGAGACAUGAUGAAGACUGUUAUUAUUUUUCACGGAAUGAAACAGAAGACAUUUUGGCUGCAGUAAAGAAACAUUUUAAAACUCCUGAAACCCAGUGUGUUGAUGUGAGUACUCUGGAGAAAACUGCUGAUAUAAUGGACAGAGACGGUGCUGAUGAAAACACUCUUCCACGCUUGGCUGCUUUGAUUAUUACUUUGGCUCUACAAGGAGUCUGCAUGGGAAAAGCAAGCUUGCCCUCCCCAGAAUUCUUUAUAAAAUAUAUUUUCAAUUCAUUGAAUAGUACCACAGAGCUUCAAGUGGCAGAAUUGGAACAACUCCUCAACGUGCUUACAGCCAGAAAGUCCUGCACUGUAAAUGGGCAAUUCCAAAGCUACAAAAGAAGAUAUUAUGGUAUGACAAGCACGGGUACUGGAGCCAGGAGCAGUCCAGUCAAAGCAAGCUAUACAGAAGACUAUCUGAAAGAUUAUUAUAAAGAUCGUGGGAGUAACACAGAUUGGGAUCAGGUUUGUUUCUCUGCUGAUGAACUCGUGAAUAUAUUUUUAAAAAAUAGUUCUUCAUCCAUUUCCAAGGAGCACUUCAAGCAAAUGAGUCCAGCAAUUGUUCAGCAACUAUUAAGUUGUUCAUGUCAGCUUCCUGAAUCCAAGCAGACGAAACUUCCACCAACAACUUUGGAAAAAUAUGGUUACAGCACUGUUGCAGUUUUACUUAUUACUGUUGGAUCUAUGUUUGGUACAUCCCUAAUUUUAUUUAACUCCUGUCAAGAAAUCUAUACGCUCAUUUUACAGCUGUUUGUUGGUUUGGCAGUCGGGACACUUUCUGGCGACGCAUUGCUACACCUUAUUCCUCAGACUCUUGGUUUACAUAAACAUGAAGCACAAGAGGUAGAACAUUUCUAUGAAGGAAAAGAAUACAUUUGGAAACUCUUGGGAAUAAUUGGAGGGAUUCAUGGAUUUUUUCUGAUUGAAAAAUGUUUCUUUCUUUUGGUAACACCACGCGAACAGCAGGGCCUUUCUUUAGUUAAUGGGCACUGGGAACAUUCCCAUGAUCUUCCAAUGGAAUCUGAAUUAAAUGAACAUUCAGGCAGAGACAAAUCUACUUCAACCAUACAGUUGAGAAGCCCAGAAGAUUCUGAGUCGUCUGAAGUUCCUCCAGGCAACAAAGUGAUCAGCACAAAAAAUAACAGAAUUAGCUUGUUAGCAAUCAUGGUUUUGGUGGGUGACAGUCUUCACAAUUUUGCUGAUGGCUUGGUAAUUGGAGCAGCAUUCUCAUCCUCAACAGAAACAGGUGUGACAACGACUAUUGCUAUUUUAUGCCAUGAAAUUCCUCAUGAAAUGGGAGAUUUUGCAGUGCUACUGAGUACGGGCCUCCCCAUGAAGAUUGCAAUUUUGAUGAAUUUUAUAAGUGCACUAACGGCGUUCUUAGGGCUCUAUAUUGGCCUUUCUGUGUCAACAGAUCCAUGCAUUCAAAACUGGAUUUUUACUGUUACAGCUGGAAUGUUCUUGUAUUUAUCUUUAGCAGAAAUGCUUCCUGAAAUGACUCAUAUUCAGACUCGGCGACCCUGGUUGAUGUUUCUUCUACAGAACCUUGGAUUACUAUUAGGCUGGCUUUGCCUCUUACUCUUGGCUAUAUAUGAACAGAAAAUUAAAAUAUAA